GACGCAGCGGCGUCGAUGCCGCAUCGAUUCAGGGUCGUUUUAAAAGCGAUCCGGACAAAACGACGCAGCCUUGCUUGCGUGCAACAGCUGCAGGUGUUCAAACCAGCUGCCUCGUCAGAAACGCAUCGCGUCGUGUUAUUACACAGGGCGGGGAGAUGUAUUGUAGCAAGGACAGACUCCUGGGAGCUCGUGAUGGCAAACUGGAAGUGGAUCCACAAUGUUAACAAGGGCCGCAACGCACCUUCGCUUGAGACGCUUUCUGGAUCUGUGCACUACGGCAGCACCAACAACCAGUCUCAUGGCAGGUCAUCCGCCUGGCGUUUCUGGUUUGACAAUGAUGAGUCCGUCGUGAGCAGGCUUCAGAAAGCUCGAGAAAAAAAGAGUGAUGCAAAGACCUGGGCUGCAACUGCGGCAAACUACUGCAUAAGCACAGUUCUCUUCGCCCUUACUGUCCUGUUGACAACGGUGUUGCCGCUGGCUGAAGCCGUCGUUGGAGGAAUAUCCGUCGGCCAGUGCCCACGAGAGCCCAUGAUACCCGUGAAUCUCAUCGUGGGCGGGAUUCUCGGUGCCCUGAGUAGCAGCCUAAACAUCGCAGUACGGUGGCACAACCUGCAAGCAGACGUGUCGGACCCGGACUUCACAAGCAGGAAAUACUUAGUGGUCCGCGUGCUUACGGCAAUCUUCAACGUCGGAGUCCUCAUUGUUUUCAUCGUAGGAUGCGUGUACGUCUACCGCAGCUUAUGGCCAUCCGAGGACCCCACCAGCAGUUCCUACUGCUCACCUGGUGCCUUCUACUUCGCUUUCUGGCUUCACAACAGUGUCUUCUUGUUCCUCUUGCUCCUAACGUGUGUGGCGUUGAUUGGGACGGUAGUCAAUGCCUUCUUCUGUUAGCCUUAUGCUCGUCAGGUCAUUCUAAGAUCACGGGGACGUUGAAGUGAAGCAACAUGAUCGUCAAGAUGGCCUGUCAGUGACUUUUCCACAACGUGUGUCACAUCACAAAGUGUCACCUGCCCGCUGGGACUCCCAGCUACGGCGUAUACGAGCUGCGUGCACCACAUCUUCACUUCAUACAUCGUCGCACGACUCCCUCCUGCAGGGAUUGUACUUUUCAUUGCAUCAUGUACGCAACUGCAAAAAGGACGAUAGUGCCAUGUGUUCGACACUUUCACGUGUUUUUGCGGGACUCAUUCGAAGCAAACUCUUGGAAUAUAUGUGUCCAGCACCGCA